GGCAGAUAUCUGGCCUGAAAUUCAUUUUUUCCAAACUGUAUAGUGCAUGGGGGUUUAAUUAAAAGGGAAUACAGACACCAGGGCGGAUAUACAGUGAUUUUGCUGCACCCAGACUGACAGCCUCUUACUUCUCUGCUGUAGGUGUGGCGACCUGCAGGGACAUGGAUUUGCUGAAUUUGGGGUCCCUAAAUCUACAGGGCGGCCCCUCACUAUCACUUAAUGUUUAGACCUUCUGUCGGAGAUGAUGUGGCACCGAUAAUGCCCUCUGCCGGAUGUGAAGACCCUGGACGUGUUUCCGCCCAACAGAAGGUCCAUGUUUGCUUCUUGUUGUUGAACCUCCUAAAGUGGACAUCCUGUCAAAACCCAUGCCAGAGGGACUCGACCAACAGAUACGCCAACUGCCAAGGGCAGGACCUGGUUGAAGUCCCACAGGACCUUCCCGUCACACUGCAAUCGUUGGACCUGUCCUACAACAGGCUGUUCCAUAUCAGAUAUGAGGACUUUUCAUCUUACACCAACUUAAGAGCAUUAAAUUUGAGUUUUAACAAUAUAUCCACCAUAGAAUGCGGCUCUUUCGCCUCCAAUACUCUCCUGAGGAACCUGACCUUGUUUAACAACAGCCUAACAGAGAUGCCUUCAACAUUGUUUGAACCUCUUCUGCUCUUGGAGUUCCUUGACGUGUCUAAUAACUUGUACAACUACUCCACCCUUGGGAAAGUCUUUGAAAACUUGGUGAAUCUACAAAAUUUGGCCAUCGGAGGCCCCUUAGUAAGUAAGGUCCUAAAAGAUGACUUUGCCCCCAUAAAGAACAGAAGCCUCAAAAAAUUUUCAUUGAAGACCAUGUCCAAACUUGGGUUUUAUGAACCAGGGGCCUUGGAAGUUCUCAAUACAAGAGUUUUAUGGUUGGAUAUUUCCCUCGAUACGAACGCACAAGCUCUGCCGCUGAUAUUAAAGGACCUUGCGGGGAAAACGAUUGACAGCCUCCGUUUCCGAAGGUUGUUUGAGUCCAGCUAUUACACAGAUACGAUGGAUUUAUUCUGCGGUCUGGUGGACAUUAAUAUAAGGGAACUGAUUUUUUUCAGAGGGAUGUUUACUGAGAACCUCUUGCAUCAGGCCUUGCACAGCAUCCAGAAAUCCACCAUCCAAGAUCUGUUGCUUCUGUCUGUGAAAUUCGAUCGAUCUCUUAACACCAAUAACACACACAUUCUGUUUGAUCGUCUUUACCUGAACAGCCUGGUCAUUAGAGACAUAGCUGGCCCUCAUAUCUUUAAAUAUGACUGGACUUUCACUUGGUUCAGUAAAGUCAGGAACCUUCAGCUCAGCAGGGUGCAUCUUGGCUCUCUGCCCUGUAUAGCCUGGAGACAGAUGGGCAACAUAGAAUGCCUGGAUGUAUCAGACAACCGUCUCAUUGGAUCAAACCUUUACAAUCCAUCGUGCUGGGACGGCGGCUUGCCCAAGCUUGAUACAUUCAUAGCUGCAAAUAACAAUCUCCAAAGUCUACGGUUGAUAUCUUUAUUGACAGCCAAGUGGCCCAAGCUGACCAAGCUUGACUUAUCAUCAAAUGACUUAGGAGUUUAUAAUGAGGUUUGUACAUGGAUUCCCAACAUAACAACACUCAUAUUAAAGGGCAACACACUGAAAAUGUGUGUCUUCCAGUGUUUGCCCACCUCUGUAGAGCUCCUGGAUUUGUCUUAUUCCCAGUUAGAACAGUUAGACCUAAAUUAUUUCAACAGAGCUACCAACCUUAAGGAACUGGUUCUCAGCCACAACAAACUGAACUUCAUAUCAAGCGACUGGAGAAGUCCAAACCUUCAGGUUCUGCACCUAGAAGGCAACUCAAUAAGUCUUAUCGAUAAGGGCACUUUUAAGGACCUGCCCAGUCUGAGAAGGUUGACAGCGGGCAAUAACCCUUAUGACUGUACCUGUGACCUUUAUGCGUUCUUCAGCACUUUACAAAACAAUGACGAGAUGCUACUUGCCGAUUGGCCAUAUGACUAUCAGUGCUUUCACCCUCAGCAUCUUCGAGAUACAGAUGUUGAGGAUUACACCCCAUGGAGGGUAGAGUGCGAUGUGAGCCUGGUGAUCACAAUUUCAGUGUCAACGACCGCUGCCAUCAUUAUCCUCUGCAUGCUUGUGUGCUGGAGGUUUGACGUUCCGUGGUACCUUCGUAUGACAUGGCGCAUAGUAAAGUCCAAAUACCGUUCCAAAAAAUCCAACAAAAGUAGAGAAUAUAACUAUCACGCCUUCAUCUCCUACAGCUACUCAGAUGCCGACUGGGUGAGAGGGGAGCUGCUGUACCGACUGGAGAGCUGCAGCCCCCCGUACCGAGUUUGCAUUCACGAGAGGGACUUCCUCCCAGGGAGAUGGAUCAUCGACAACAUCAUCGAGAACAUCGAGAACAGUCGCAAGAUCAUCUUCGUGCUCUCCAGCAACUUCAUCAACAGCGAGUGGUGCAAUUAUGAGCUGUACUUUGCCCACCAGAGGGCCAUUGGCCACUCUUUGGAGGACAUCAUCUUGGUGGUCAAGGAGAAGGUCACUAUGGAAGACCUUCCGAAGAGGUUUCACAAGCUCAGGAAAAUGCUGAGGACCAAGACCUACCUGGAGUGGCCUUCAGAGCCCAGCAAGCAGCAUUUCUUUUGGAUUCAGCUCAAAAGCAUUUUGGGAGAUGCUAGCGUUUCCUUGGCAGGCCAGGAGGGAUUGUCUGUAGUGAAUGAAGCUGUUGUUGGACCGGUGUUCUACCUCUAUCAUAUAUAGCAAUGUGACUGCCCAAUAAUUCACUCCUUUUCUAUUAAUAUUUAUUAUCUUCCUUGUGAUACUCAGUCGACUGGUGGUUUUUACCAUCAAAGAAAGCAUAAAGUCGUUUUAAUGGCAAUGGAGACCUGAGCCUGUUUAGCUAGUUUGGGCCAAGUAGCCCUCAGGUUGACCAAUAGUAGUAGUACUUUGUCCAAUCAUUUUUGGUCAAGUGGAUCCAGUAGCCCUCAGGUUCACCAGUAGUAGGAGCUCUUUGUCCCAUCAGUUUUGGCCAAGUGAAUCCAGUAGCCCUCAGGUUAACCAAUAGUAGGAGUUCUUUGUCCCAUCAGUUUUGGCCAAGUGAAUCCAGUAGCCCUCAGGUUAACCAAUAGUAGGAGUUCUUUGUCCUAUCAGUUUUGGCCAAGUGAAUCCAGUAGCCCUCAGGUUAACCAAUAGUAGGAGUUCUUUGUCCCCUCAGUUUUGGCCAAGUGAAUCCAGUAGCCCUCAGGUUAACCAAUAGUAGAAGUUCUUUGUCCCAUCAGUUUUGGCCAAGUGAAUCCAGUAGCCCUCAGGUUAACCAAUAGUAGGAGUUCUUUGUCCUAUCAGUUUUGGCCAAGUGAAUCCAGUAGCCCUCAGGUUGACCAAUAGUAGUAGUUCUUUGUCCUAUCAGUUUUGGCCAAGUGAAUCCAGUAGCCCUCAGGUUAACCAAUAGUAGGAGUUCUUUGUCCCAUCAGUUUUUGCCAAGUGAAUCCAGUAGCCCUCAGGUUAACCAAUAGUAGAAGUUCUUUGUCCCAUCAGUUUUGGCCAAGUGAAUCCAGUAGCCCUCAGGUUAACCAAUAGUAGGAGCUCUUUGUCCCAUCAGUUUUGGCCAAGUGAAUCCAGUAGCCCUCAGGUUAACCAAUAGUAGGAGUUCUUUGUCCCAUCAGUUUUGGCCAAGUGAAUCCAGUAGCCCUCAGGUUAACCAAUAGUAGGAGUUCUUUGUCCUAUCAGUUUUGGCCAAGUGAAUCCAGUAGCCCUCAGGUUAACCAAUAGUAGAAGUUCUUUGUCCCAUCAGUUUUGGCCAAGUGAAUCCAGUAGCCCUCAGGUUAACCAAUAGUAGGAGUUCUUUGUCCUAUCAGUUUUGGCCAAGUGAAUCCAGUAGCCCUCAGGUUGACCAAUAGUAGUAGUUCUUUGUCCCAUCAGUUUUGGCAAAGUAAAUCCAGUAGCCCUCAGGUUAACCAAUAGUAGGAGUUCUUUGUCCUAUCAGUUUUGGCCAAGUGAAUCCAGUAGCCCUCAGGUUGACCAAUAGUAGUAGUUCUUUGUCCCAUCAGUUUUGGCAAAGUAAAUCCAGUAGCCCUCAGGUUAACCAAUAGUAGGAGUUCUUUGUCCUAUCAGUUUUGGCCAAGUGAAUCCAGUAGCCCUCAGGUUGACCAAUAGUAGUAGUUCUUUGUCCAAUCAGUUUUGGCCAAGUGAAUCCAGUAGCCCUCAGGUUGACCAAUAGUAGUAGUUCUUUGUCCAAUCAUUUUUGGUCAAGUGGAUCCAGUAGCCCUCAGGUUGACCAGUAGUAGGAGCUCUUUGUCCCAUCAGUUUUGGCCAAGUGAAUCCAGUAGCCCUAAGGUUAACCAAUAGUAGGAGUUCUUUGUCCCAUCAGUUUUGGCCAAGUGAAUCCAGUAGCCCUCAGGUUAACCAAUAGUAGGAGUUCUUUGUCCCAUCAGUUUUGGCCAAGCGAAUCCCGUAGGCCUCAAGUUAACCAAUAGUAGGAGUUCUUUGUCCUAUCAGUUUUGGCCAAGUGAAUCCAGUAGCCCUCAGGUUGACCAAUAGUAGGAGUUCUUUUUCAUAUUAAACUGCUAUCACAGUCGGGUACUGCCGCUUUAUAUAGAAAUAUGGCACUUAGCUAGGGUCAGACCAGUCCGAAAAAACCCAGUGGGCUACGGCCCUCGUAGGCCCCACCAACCCAGUCCUGAUGCCCAAAUGUGCUGCCGCGUCGCUCCCCAGCUGCCACACCCACUGCCCUCCCCCCCUGAUUGGGGCAAAAGUAAGUUUAAGGUGUGCGUGCAGGGAGAUGGGCUGGCAGUGGAUGAGCUGGGGUCCCAGAGAUGAUGUGGGGGGCCCUGGUGGGCUUCACAAACUCCAGUCCAAACAUCUCAUGUCUAAAUAAUAUAACGGCUAGAACUGCAGCAGGAAGCUACUUAA